UUCAUCCUUGCAUGCAUAUUAUCUCUAUCAUGUGACGCUGUUGAUGAAAUUCCAAAACUUCAUAUUGUAUAUAUGGGCUCGCUCCCUAAGAGUCCAUACUCUCCAACCUCUCAUCAUAUAAAUAUGCUUCAGCAAGUUGUUGAUGAUGAAAUCAAAGCAACAAAUUCCAUAAUCCAUAGUUACAAGAGAAGUUUCAAUGGAUUUGCUGCAAUGCUAACUGAUCAACAAAGGGAAAAACUAAGUCAAAUGGAAGGUGUGGUCUCAGUUUUCCCAAGCAGAACUCUUCAACUCCACACAACAAGGUCUUGGGACUUCAUUGGAAUUCCUCAAUCAACCAAACAAAGCCAAAUAGCUGAGAGUGAUUCAGUUAUUGGUGUGCUUGACACUGGAAUCUGGCCAGAAUCAGAGAGUUUUAGUGAUAAAGGUUUUGGUCCCAUUCCCAAGAAAUGGAAAGGGACUUGUGCUGGUGGCAAGAACUUCACUUGCAACAAGAAGAUCAUUGGAGCAAGGUUUUAUAUAGAUGAUUCUGCAAGAGACACAUAUGGCCAUGGAACCCACACAGCAUCAACAGCAGCCGGAAACAAUGUUCACAAUGUGAGCCUUUAUGGAAUUGCACAAGGCAUUGCAAGAGGGGGUGUUCCAUUGGCAAGAGUUGCUGCAUAUAAAGUAUGUAAUGAGAUCGGUUGUCGAGUUGCUGAUGUCUUGGCAGCUUUUGAUGAUGCUAUAGCUGAUGGUGUUGACAUCAUUUCCAUUUCAAUAGGAGGGUUUUUUGCACUUAAUUUUGAUGUAGAUGGUAUUGCAAUUGGUUCCUUUCAUGCCAUGGCAAAAGGGGUACUCACUGUGCAUUCUGCAGGCAAUAAAGGCCCUAAUAUUGGAGGCAUUCAAAGUGUAGCACCAUGGAUACUAUCUGUUGGAGCAAGCACCAUCGAUCGCCAAUUCAUUAGCAAGGUAAUUCUUGGAAAUGGGAAAACGCUAACAGGAAAAUCCAUUAAUACUGUGAUGUCAAAUGGAACAAAAUCACCAAUUGCUAAACAAAAUGGUGGUUCAAAAAAGUGUGAAAAAUUAACAGCUUAUGACUGUAAUUGUUUAGAUAGUGAUUUGGUGAAAGGAAAAGUAGUUCUAUGCGGCAAUAACACUAACGGAGCCUUUGUAGCUUAUGCUAAAGGGGCAUUUGGUGCAAUCAUUAAGUUGUCUAGUGAAAAUGAUAUAGUCUUUGUUACUCCAGUACCUUCUGUAGGAUUGAAUUCCCAUGAUUAUGCUCUUGUGAAGUCCUACAAAAGUUCAACAAGAGAUCCAAAACUUGAAAUACUAAAGGGUGAGACAAUUGUAGACCACACUGCCCCUAUUAUGGCUGAUUUUUCUUCUCGUGGACCAAAUGCCAUAGUUCCUGAAAUCCUUAAGCCUGAUGUCACGGCCCCAGGAGUUGAAAUAUUGGCUGCAUACUCACCAAUUGCUUCAGCUUCAUACUCAAGUAUAGGUACUCUCAAGGACAAUAGAUCUGUGCAAUAUAACAUACUAUCUGGAACAUCUAUGUCAUGUCCUCAUGUUGCUGGAAUAGCUGCAUAUUUGAAAACAUUUCACUUGGAUUGGUCACCAGCAGCUAUCAAAUCAGCAAUUAUGACUUCAGCACAACCCUUGAAUGGUACUAAGGAUCAUGUUGGUGAAUUUGCUUACGGUUCAGGACAUGUCAAUCCUAUUCAAGCUGUUAAUCCAGGACUUGUUUAUGACAUUGGUAAGGAGGAUUAUAUACUAAUGUUAUGCAACUUGGGUUAUAUCAGUAAAAGAAUAAAAGCUAUUUCUGGUGAAAAUUUCGCUUGCCCUGGUGCCCCUGAUGCAUCCUUGGUAAGAAAUCUGAAUUAUCCUGCACUUGGAGUGAAAGUUAAGCCUUUGGAACCUUUCAAUGUUAGACUUACUAGAACAGUCACAAAUGUUGGGUUACCUAACUCAAUUUACAAGGCAAUUAUCAUACAAAAACCACAAAUUAACAUCACAGUGGCACCAGAGAUUCUGUCUUUCAAAUCAUUGAAUGAGAAGCAGACAUUUGUUGUUACAAUCACUGGUAAGAUACCAAAUCAAACUGUGAUCACCUCAUCAUUGGUAUGGUCUGAUGGUACCCACAAUGUGCGAAGUCCAAUUGUUGUAAGUGAUUAUCCUAGAAAACAAUAA